AUGGGUAGGAGAGGGAGGGAGGUUGACCUUGCGUUGCUCGGUAGGCAUCUCUUCUUGGUAAUGUCGGUCGUUCCGGUGAAUCCCCAACCUUUCCUCAAUGACCUCACUGGGCAGGAGGUACUGGUUCGUCUGAAGUGGGCAACACUCGAGCUGAAGGGCCGCUUACAGAGUGUUGAUACUUUCAUGAAUCUCAGACUGGACCACUGUGAAGAGUGGCAGAGUGGUAACUUCAAAGGAGCCCUCGGAGACGUUCUUAUACGGUAA